AUGGCUGUCACUGGAACUGCCCGCAUACCUGCCCUACCGCCCAAUGCGCUUGGUGCCAUUGCAGCACACUUGCAAAAUCAACAUGGGGCGCAGCCAGCAGGGCCAUGGCGCGUACGAUUCCGCCCUUUUCGUCCUGUUCGCAACACAUACGGCGAAAGCACCUCAUCGCAUCCUACUGAGGCGCAGGCGGACCGACGAAAACGACGUGUGAUGUGGGAUGUGACGGAUGCUGCACACCCGCAACAUGUCUUCCUCGUGAUGGAAGAUGCUACGCAGCCAACGCGUGCUGAGCUUCGCGCGUCUGCUUCGUCCACCGAUGCGGUGUCCCACCCUGUACCUACACGAUGGCAUGCUCAUGUCGUAAGUGCUGAGUUCCAUACGCUCUUGCGGCAAUCUGGCUUGCCCGGGCCGCUCGGAUCAGCGGCGGGCACGCCGGGCCCUGGCGCAUGGGUCCAGCGCGGUGCGCAUAUCACGCUGGACGGUCUUUCUUUUCGGGUGCGCGUACGAGGCUCCCAUUCACGCAAUGGUGCGUUGGAUUAUGCGGCCGAGCAUGACGAGUGUAUUCUGAGCAUCGGUAAUGUUGUUGUGGGUACAGAUCGUGUGAGUGGUGGCAUGGUCGAGAUCCAGUAUCUUCCGCUCUCCCACCUAUCGCCCGACUCCACGCUGCUUGGCUCGAUCUUGGUAUCGCUCUUACCUCCUGAUAUUGUGCCCCUCCUUUCCCCCCUCACGCCGUCCUUAUCUAUGGCCGUGCCCACGGUGGCCCCACGUACUAUGCUCCCAGCUGAGCAGUUGGAAGAAAUUGUACCUGCCAGUACCGCUGCAUGGCGGAUGCCUCCUCCGGCGCCGACCCAUGCGCCAGGGUUCGAGGCGUGGGACGAUUCUCCUUCCACAGAGACGACAACCCCGCCGUCUUCCAUGGACGACGCGGUGGGAUGGACAGGUAUCGAGGCUCGAAGACGUAUGGCCUACGUCCAUCUAUCCAUGCUACGAACGGAAGGUUUAGCAUGA